CAGAGGCCACCCUCCCCGCCUCCCUGCCUGCUCCGCGCCCGCCCCGCCUCGGCUUACUUUAAAAAGUUAACUCGCGGGACGCAGGGCGAAGUGAGCAGUGGCUGUUUACGUCGGGAUGCUGAGCCUGGGGAGACUGUGCGCCGGGAGCCCCGGGGUGUUGGGAGCCCGGGCUGCCCUCUUUGGGAGUUGGCAGGAAGCGAGGUUGCAGGGUGUCCGCUCCCUCAGUUCCAGAGAGGUGGAUCACAUGGUCCCCCUGCCCAUCGGAGGCCUCAGCUACAUUCAGGGGUGCAUCAAAAACCGUCUUACCAGCAAGACUGUGGGCCAGUGCCUGGAGGCCACAGCACAGAGGGUCCCAGAACGAGAGGCCUUGGUCGUCCUCCAUGAAAACGUCAGGUUGACCUUUGCCCAGCUCAAGGAGGAGGUGGACAAAGCUGCUUCUGGCCUCCUGAGCAUUGGCCUCUGCAAGGGUGACCGGCUGGGCAUGUGGGGACCCAACUCCUAUGCAUGGGUGCUCAUGCAGUUGGCCACUGCCCAUGCGGGCAUCAUUCUGGUGUCUGUGAACCCAGCCUACCAGGCUAUGGAACUGGAGUAUGUCCUCAAGAAGGUGGGCUGCAAGGCCCUUGUGUUCCCCAAGCAAUUCAAGACCCAGCAAUAUUACAACAUCCUGAAGCAGAUCUGUCCAGAGGUGGAGAAUGCCCAGCCAGGGGCCUUGAAGAGCCAGAGGCUCCCAGAUCUGACCAUAGCCAUCUCGGUGGAUGCCCCUUUGCCGGGGACCCUGCUCCUGGACGAAGUGGUGGCGGCUGGCAGCACACAGCAGCAUCUGGACCAGCUCCAGUACACCCAGCAGUUCCUGUCCUGCCAUGACCCCAUCAACAUCCAGUUCACUUCGGGGACAACAGGCAGCCCCAAGGGGGCCACCCUCUCCCAUUACAACAUUGUCAACAACUCCAGCUUGAUAGGCGAACGCCUGAAACUGCAUGAGAAGACGCCAGAGAAUUUGCGGAUGGUCCUUCCCAGCCCCCUGUACCAUUGCCUGGGAUCCGUGGGAGGCACAAUGGUUUGUCUGAUGUAUGGUGCCACCCUCAUCCUGUCCUCUCCCAUCUUCAAUGGCAAGAAGGCACUGGAGGCCAUCAGCACAGAGAGAGGCUGCUUCUUGUAUGGUACCCCCACGAUGUUCGUGGACAUUCUGAACCAGCCAAACUUCUCCAGUUAUGACAUCUCGACCGUGUAUGGAGGUGUGAUCGCUGGGUCCCCUGCACCUCCAGAACUCAUCCGAGCCAUCAUAGACAAGAUAAAUAUGAAGGAGCUGGUGAGUGCUUAUGGAACCACAGAGAACAGUCCCGUGACAUUCAUGAGCUUCCCCGAGGACACUGUGGAGCAGAAGGCAGAAAGCGUGGGCAGAGUUAUGCCUCACACAGAGGCCCGGAUCAUGAACAUGGAGGCGGGGACGCUGGCAGAGCUGAACACGCCGGGGGAGCUGUUCAUCCGAGGGUACUGCGUCAUGCUGGGCUACUGGGGCGAGCCUCAGAAGACGGAGGAAGUAGUGGGUCAGGACAAGUGGUAUCGGACAGGAGAUAUAGCCAUGAUGGAUGAACAGGGCUUCUGCAAGAUCGUGGGCCGCUCUAAGGAUAUGAUAAUCCGGGGCGGCGAGAACAUCUACCCUGUGGAGCUCGAGGACUUCUUCCACACACACCCGAAGGUGCAGGAAGUGCAGGUGGUGGGAGUGAAGGAUUAUCGGAUGGGAGAAGAGAUUUGUGCCUGCAUUCGGCUGAAGAACGGGGAGAAGACCACGCCAGAGGAGAUCAAAGCUUUCUGCAAAGGGAAGAUCUCUCACUUCAAGAUUCCGCGCUACAUCGUGUUUGUCACAGACUACCCCCUCACCGUUUCAGGAAAGGUCCAGAAAUUCAAACUUCGAGAGCAGAUGGAGCGACAUCUAAAUCUGUGAAGAAAGAGGGAGGCAGGAUCCACCCAGGCCCUCCUCCUGUCCAUCCCCCACACUCCCCUUGUCUGUCCUUGUGAUUUGACAUAAAGAGCUUCUGUUUUC